AUGAAUAAAUAACAAAGAUCGAUAUCAUUCAACUCGGUCUCUCCAUUUCGAAAAUAAUAUCCACCUUUGCCAAAAGUUCCUCUCACUUUUGGAUUAAAUUUAGAGCUCUAAAAAAGAUAACAUUAUAUAUAAUUUUACGAAUAAUAUUCAAAUGUUAAACUAGAUAAUAGUGCAAACAAUUAACAAAUUUAACCAGAAAAAACUAAUCUAAUAUUAAAAUAAGAAGAGAGAGGUACUUCAAAUAAAUUAGCAAAGUAAAAUUCUAGUUUCAAUGAUAUUUAUUAUGAAAAUAUUACUACAAAUGCUACAAACGCGUUUGAUUCAUAAACAAGAAGAGCCACCUCUAAAUUAUCAAAUUAUAGUAUUAAUAAUUCAAAAACACACAUAAAACCACCUAUAUAAUAAUUACAUAUAAGCCAAAGAAAAUCUCAAGUUGAUAAUUUUAAUUAAAACAAGAACAGUAGCUUCGUUAUGAAUGAAGUUAGCAAAGAAUAGCUCAGGGUCGAUUACAGUCAAGGAAUUGCAUAAAGAAGCAUUUCUUCUAAAAAUUCUUAUAGGGAUAGAAUUAGUUAAAAUGUGUUAAAUAAUAGAACAAAUUAGAUGUAAAUUUAAAACAAUUCAUGUGAUGGCAUAAAUAAAUAGAAACAGAUCAAUAAAAAAUAAUUAAAAGGAAAUUUUGCCAAUGAUUUUGGCUAGGAUAAUGAUGCCUUUAAAGUACCUGAUCAACCAAGAUAAUACAAUCCUAUUCAUAUUUCAUUUUAUCAUAAUUAUCAUGAUUAAAAGAAACCUAGAUAAUAAAAUCUAAUCUAGGAAAGUGAUAAAAAUAGCUUUUCUAACGCUGAAUCACUAAUUCCAAAAGAGAAAAAACAGCUAAAAUCUGAUGAAAAAGUAUAUAAUAACUUUUUAAAAAUUAAGGAACGUAAAUAAUCUAAUGAUGUUUAUAAAAAUGCUAAUACAGUGGUAGUUAACUCAGCAAAGUAAGCUAACUUAACUGAGCAACGUUAUAAAAAAUUAUAAGAUCCAGAUAGGAUAUUGUAAUAUAUUGAAUAAAAAGAAAUAGGCUUUGAUACAACUCCAGAUAUUUUAAAUGCAAUAGAAAUAGCUCAAAAAAAUACAGAUGAAUAACUGAUAAAUAGAAAAAGAUAGCCAUUAGCACCUAUCCCUGUUUGGCAAGAGGAUAAUUAAAAUUCUAAAAAGACUAAUCUUGUCAAACAUAUUUAAAAAUUUGAUCUAGAUUUUAAUCAAAUCGACGAAAAAUAAAUUAAUUAAUAUAUACAAUAAAAAGAAGACUUCCUAAAUUAAAUUGAAAUACAAAGAUAUAAUGAAAGAUAUAACUUAAGUAAAGAAAAAGUAGACCAGAAGAUGAAAAAUAAAAAAAAAUACUAAAUACAAAAAGAAUUAGAAAAGGAGCAUGAUUCUUUUGAAGAUUUACAUAUCCCACUUUCAAAAUUAGAAAUCAAUAAAAGCGAUAGCCCUAACUUAUAAAAAAUCAAAAUAAAAAAUGCUAAAGACAGUCCAAAAGUAGUUAUUUCUACUAAAUAAUCUUCUUUUGACAUGAAAUAUGGUUCAAUAUAGCCAUUUAAAAAAUAUCGAAGAGAAUUUGACGAGUAUUCCACUUAACAAAAGUAUUUGAUGAAAACUCAAGAAUAAAGCCCUUUAAAUAACGGAUAUUCUGGAAAAAAUGAAAAAACAAAACGAGCAACUAUCCAAAAUAACUAACCUUCUUCAUCAGAUAUAAAGAGACGAUCCAUUAUUUUGAUUUGUUAUGUUUUUAUGUUAUAAAUAAAUCAUUUAUGA